GUCAAUCCCAGUAUGUGGCUGGUAGCGUGGCUUGUUCCACCAGCGGUGAUAUCACUCCCUGCGGGGAAGCAAACCUUGUUGGCGAUGAGAGUCUUCCCACGUCAUACUACCGACCCACGAUCGUAGCAUUCACAAUUAAUUGUAUUAAGACCAAGCCACACUACCAUCACAAAGACUUCCCUCGCACCGCAAGUAUUCAAGAUCUACCAGAGCUAAAAAAUCAUCCGUCGAAAUGCCUUCAGCAAUCGUCACCGGAGCUACCGGAAUCACCGGCAGCGCCAUCGUGCACCACCUCUGCAAAGACAACCAAUACAACAAGAUCUACUCCCUCUCGCGGAGCAACCCCGGCUAUGCGAGCCCGAAAGUGCAGCACGCGACGCUGGACCUGCAGAGCUCGGCCGAGGACAUGGCCCAGAGCCUGCAGGGCGCGCGCGCCGACUACGUCUUCUUCUGCGCCUACCUGGCGCGCGACGACCCCGCGGAGCUCACGCGCGUCAACGCGGCCAUGCUGCGCAACUUCCUCCGCGCGCUCGAGCUCACCGGCGCGAUCAAGCACUUGAAGCGCUUCGUCCUGACCUGCGGCUUCAAGCACUACGGCGUGCAUCUGGGGAACUGCAAGCAGCCGCUCCGGGAGGAUGACCCGUUACUCGAGACGGGUGCUAGUGCUAGCACCGAUGGGAGCGGUGGGAGUGGCACCGCCUGGCCCCCGAUCUUCUACUACGAGCAGGAGCGCAUCCUCGCCGACGCGGCCGCGCAGGGCGGAUGGGAGUGGGUGGUGACCCUGCCGGAGGACGUGCUAGGGUACGCGCGCGGCAACUUCAUGAACGAGGCCACCGCGCUGGGCCUGUACUGCGCCGUCAGCAAGGUGCUCCCGGGCGCCCUGCUACCUUACCCGGGCAGCAAGGCGAAUUACUUCGCCUUCAACACGUGGACCUCGGCGAACCUGCACGCCAAAUUCUGUCUGUGGGCGGCGACCGCCCCGCACGCGGGCAACAACCUCUUCAACGUGAUGAACGGCGACACCGAGAGCUUCCAGAACCUGUGGCUGCGAUUGGCCGCGCGGUUCGGCUGCACGCUCCCCGACCCCAUGUUCCCCGGCGGCGGCGGGCCCGAUUCUGCUGGGUUCGGGGACUAUGAGGCGACGACGGUGCGGAUGGAGAAUCCGCAUCCGAUCACGGAGCAGGAGCAGACGAUUGGGGUGCGGGCGGAGGGGUCGCCGACUCUGUUUCUGCAGGUGGAUCCGGAGAAGUGGGCGCGGCGGGAGGAUGUCAAUGCGGCGUGGCGCAAGUUGCGGGAUGCGUAUGGCCUCGAUCAGAAGGCGUGGGAGAAGGCCACCUGGGACUUCUUGACGUUCGUGCUGGGGAGGGACUGGAGCUGCGUGGGGACGAUGAGUAAAGCCAGGAAGCUGGGGUGGACGGGGUAUGCGGAUACGUGGGAGGAGCUGGAGGAGACAUUUUCGGUGCUGGAGAAGGAAGGCGUUUUGCCUCCCGUGGAUAGGUUGAAGAAGGAUUUCUAGGUUAUAUCUAGUCGGGUGGGUAGAAAUGAAUACGUAUAUAUAGUUAUAAUAGUUUUCAGUGUUGUUGUGUACUUUUGGGAAGCAGACGGCCCUGUCAGCUAUAGCGGGGGAACUGCGAUAUGCUGUGCGCAUGAGGCGCUUUUGUGGGAUCUCUAUGUGUAUGGGUUUCUAUUCGGC